AUGCACGUUGGCGGCGCAGCGGUGGUGGGUGGAGGGUGCCGUGUGGGCGACGUCGCGCAAUUGGCUCGGCGGGCGACGCGUGCACGCCGCCGGACGCGAAGCGCUCCACAACGGACGGCUGGCCAUCGACUCCCCGCAUCGCAGCAGCAGACGACGACGACGACGACGGCGACCCUCGAGACUCGAAGCGCGACCGACUGCGACCGACUGACUGCGACCGACUGCGCCCGACUGCGACCGGCUGCGACACGACUGCGCUUCUUCGCCGGCGGCAGCCACUCGGCCUCCCUCUGCCCACCACCCACCGUCGCCCACCACCCACCGUCGCCCACCACCGUCGCCCACCACCGUCGCCCACCACCGUCGCCCACCACCGUCGCCCACCGCCUCGCCCAUGCGCACCAGCUAGCACAGACUGCACACCCGGCACACCCGGCACACCCGGCACCGCACCGCACGCCCGCAAUGCAGCAGGUCGCCCGCUCGUUUCCCGACCCGCAGCCCGUGUACCAGCAGUCGCCCGCCCACGCGCCCGCGCCCUCGCCCUCGCACUCGCACUCGGCCCUCAUGGCCGCCCCCGGCUUCAACCGCUCCUUCUCCGACGCCAGCGGGUACGCGCAGCAGCCACACGCGCAGCCACACGCGCAGCCACACGCGCAGCCACACGCACACGCCCACGCCCACGCCCAGGCGCAAGCACACGCCCACGCACACACACACGCCCACGCCCACGCCAUGGACAAGCCGCAGAUCUACACGGCCGUCUACUCGGGCGUCUCCGUCUACGAGAUGGAGGUCAACCGCGUCGCCGUCAUGCGCCGCCGCUCCGACGGCUGGCUCAAUGCCACGCAGAUCCUCAAGGUCGCCGGCGUCGACAAGGGCAAGCGCACAAAGGUGCUCGAGAAGGAGAUCCUCACCGGCGAGCACGAAAAGGUCCAGGGCGGCUACGGCAAGUACCAGGGCACCUGGAUCAACUACCGCCGCGGCCGCGAGUUCUGCCGCCAGUACGGCGUCGAGGACCUCCUGCGCCCGCUGCUCGACUACGACAUCAGCGCAGAGGGCACCCAGGGCCACGGCCUUGACACCCCGACCAAGGAGCAGGCCAUGGCCGCCAACCGCAAGCGCUUCUACACCCAGACCAUCGACGCCCGUCAGCCCAGCCAGAGCCUCGGCGGCACCUUCUUCUCCAACAUCUCCUCCACCGCCACCAGCGCCCUGGCCGCCAUGAACAAGGUCGCCCGCCUCCACUCCCCGGCCCCGCCCCGCCCCGCCAGCGCCUCGCAGCCCCGCCGCUCCACCACCCGCCCCUCGCAGCCCCCGCCCCUCCCCAGCCAGGACUCGUUCCGCACCAGCAGCCAGCACAGCAUCCACAGCCUGGCCUCGGACCGCAGCUUCAGCGCCCACAACACCCACCCCCACCACAGCAACAACACCCACAACACCCACAACACCCACACCGACUCGGCCUACGCCACCGGCGCCGAUGACACCCAAGAGCCCCCCAGCAAGCGCCUGCGCGACGACUCCUUCUCGCAGCACCGCCCAAACGCCGCCGACGACCUGCUGCACGACCACGGCUCGCCCACCGAGCCCAGCGACUCCUUCUACCAGCACCAGACCGGCCACCACAUCAGCCUCCCGGACGGCCAGGUCCCCAGCGCCCUGCCGCCCCUGCCCUUCCCCGACACCAAGCUCAACGAGGAGAAGCAGGCCAUGCUGACCGACCUCUUCGCCGACCAGACCCGCACAGACUUCACCAACCACCCCGCCAUACUGCACCUCUCCGGCGCAGACCUCGACAUGCCCAUCGACAACAGCUCCAACACGGCCCUGCACUGGGCCGCCACCCUGGCCCGCGUCUCCCUCAUGCGCCUGCUCGUCUCCAAAGGCGCAAACAUGUUCAGAGGGAGCGCCUCGGGCCAGACCCCGCUCAUGAGCGCCGUCUCCGUCAACAACAGCCUCGACCAUAGCUGCUUCCCAGAAACGCUCGAGAUCCUCGCGCCGCUCAUCGAGCUCCGCGACACCCAGGGCCGCACCAUCCUGCACCACAUCGCCGUCACGUGCGCCAUCAAGGGCCGCGCCGCAUCCAGCAAGUACUACCUCGAAGCCCUGCUCGAGUACCUCGUGCGCAGCAACAUCGGCGCCCACCAGAUCCCCUCUUUCCUCGAGAACAGCAACUACCCAAAGCCAAUAGGGCUCAUGAGGUUCAUGCAAGAGAUGGUCAACGCCCGCGACAAGGCGGGCAACACGGCCCUGAACCUCGCCGCCCGGAUAGGAAACCGCAACAUCAUCUCGCAGCUCCUCGAGGUGCAGGCCGACCCCACCAUCCCCAACCACAAAGGCACGCGGCCGGUUGAUUUUGGCGUCGGCAGCGACCUGCACGGCGACGCCGCGGACACGGCGCUCUCUGCCGCCAGCCCGUCUAAAGGAAAGGUGCCGCUGAGCAAGGUGGAAGAAACAAGUCGGGAGAUCCAGCCUCUCAUGAACGGCAUCCUCCAGUCCGCCUCGAUGCAGUUCACGCAAGAAGCGCGCCUGAAGCAAGACCUGAUCGACCAGACAAACUCCACCAUCUCCACCCUCUCCUCGCUCCAGAAAUCAGAACAGUCGCGCCUCGAAACCCUGCGGUCACGUCUGCGACAGCGCCAGGACCGCGCAAAACGCAUCGCCAACCUCAAGCGCUGGCUCGAGCCGCAGCGGCACAUGCUCGCCGCGACCAACGCCGCCACAGACCUGACGCAACGGCGGGACGUUGGGUACGCCGACGCCGAGGGCGCAGGAGUCCUCGUGCAGGAAUCCGACCUCCCCGAAGAAGUCCGACGAGAAGGCGAGCACCUCAUCCGGCAAGCCUCUGGCGGGCCGUCGUACCUCAGCACGCCCCUCUCGCUGCCUCCCGCGGCCACGCUCUCACCCUCACUCACCUCCAUACCGACGGUUGCACUACGGCAGAGGGUCGAGGUUUACACGCAGGCCAACGCUUCUCUACUGCAACGCUCAAGACAGCUCAAGGACAAGGACGGGCAGCUCGAGGCCAUGUUCCGCCAGGUGGUGUGUCUGUGCACCAACGUCCAGGAGGAUCGGAUCGACGAGGUGCUGCCCUCGUUGGUCGCCGCAUUAGACAGCGAUCCACUAGACGGGGUGGAGGUCGGGCGGGUACGUGAGUUCCUUAGGAAAGUAGAAGGCGUAGAAGCCUAAAUAAACACUUAAUUAACAUCUGUUACUAUAACGCUUUAAAUGACUUAAAAUAAGAAUAGGUAGCUUAAGGUACUGCCCUUGUUAGUUACUAUAUUAGACAGUAAUCUACUAGAUAGGGUAGA